AGUAAGCGGAACAAGAUGGCGGCCUUCGGUGGAGAGCGUUGGCUACAUGAGCUGCCAAAUCAUAACAUAUUCAGCAAAUUACGUGAGAUCCUAGACUCCGAACCCAAAGCGAAUGUAAAGAGAGCAGCUAAAAACCUCACCUUUUGCCUGGACUGUGACCUGUUUGUUUGGAACGACGUUGACCGCGUGUUUUUCACCACCAACUUGAGGCAGCUGAACUCCGACGAGAGCUUUGGAAGCGGGAACUUCCAAACUCUGCUGUGCAUCAACCCGCCUCGUUUUGAAGUGUGCCAGGUACUGCUCAGUCCCACGCAGCACCACGUCGCUUUGAUCGGCCAGCGGGGGGUCUCGGUGCUGGAGCUCCCACAGCGCUGGGGGAAAAGGUCCGAGUUCGAAGGCGGACGGAGCGACAUCAACUGCAAGACCAUCCCGGUGGCGGAGCGCUUCUUCACCAGCUCUGCCUCGGUCACUCUACGGCAGGCGACAUGGUAUCCCAGCGAGACGGAAGAACCAAACCUAGUGCUGCUCACCUCCGACAACACCAUCCGCUUCUACGGGCUCAAAUCACCCCAGAACCCAACCAAGGUACUACCUGUUUCGCAGUCAGAGGAAGACAGCAACGUCCACUCUCGUGUGUUGUCCUACGCAGCGUCCCUGGGCGAGAUCGCAGUGGCGUUCGACUUCGGGCCAGUGUCGUGCAUUUCUCGGCAGGUGCCGGGCCAGGCGUCCAGAGACCUGCUGGUCUACCCGCUGUAUAUCCUCUAUGAGAACGGCGAGACAUACCUGAGCUACACCAGUAACCAGAUGGGCGUGCUGAACCUCAGCAAGCCCGCGGGACCCCUUCCCAUGUACCCCGCAGCGGAGGAUAACUACGGCUACGAUGCGUGCGCCAUCCUGUGCCUGCCCUGCGUGCCCAACAUUCUAGUGAUUGCCACGGAGACGGGGAUGCUGUACCACUGCGUGGUGCUGGAGUCCGAGGAGGAGGAGGACGAGGGGGGCGUGGGGGAACGGUGGAUGCGGGGCUCGGACUCCGUGCCGUCCCUCUACGUGUUCGAGUGCGUGGAGCUGGAGCUCACGCUAAAGCUGGCCACCGGCGACGACGAGGAGCCCCAGGAGUCGGACUUCACCUGCCCCAUCCGGUUACACCGGGACCCGCUGUGCCAGCACCGCUACCACUGCACCCACGAGGCCGGGGUGCACAGCGUGGGCCUCACCUGGUUCAACAAGCUGCACCAGUUCCUGGGCUCCUCGGACGAGGGCGACCGCAACAGCCUGCAGGAGCUGGCGGCGGAGAAGCGCUGCAUCGUGGAGCACAUCCUGUGCACGCGGCCGCUCGCCACCAGCCUCUCGGCGCCGGUGCGCGGCUUCCUGGUGACCUCGGACCUGUCGCUGGGCGCCACCAUGGUCUGCAUCACGAGUGCCUACGAGUGCAUCCUGCUGCCCCUGCUCAGCUCGGUGCGGCCCCCCUCCCCGCCGCUGCUCUGCUCGGGGCCGAGGGCCGGGCCCGUGGCCCUGAGCCCCCUGUCGCGCGGGCCGCCGGACGACUCGUUCGAGCGGCACGUGCGCAACAUCCUGGCGCGCGGCUCGGCCAACCCCUUGGUGCUGCGGUCGGGGGACAGCGAGGGGACGGCCGCCGCCGCCGCCCCGCCGCCGGAGUGGCUGCAGCUGCUGAGCCGCGCCACGCAGGUGUUCCGCGAGGAGUACGUCCUGAAGCAGGACACUGCGUGUGAGGAGCUGCAGCGCCGGUCGCGCCUCCUGGCCACGCAGCGCGGCACGCAGGCGGACGAGCUGGCCGCCUGCCGCCUGGAGAAGAGGAGCCUGCGGGAGGCGGCGGAGCGGCUGGCCGACAAGUACGAGGACGCCAAGUACCGGCAGGACGCCAUCGCGCGGCGCGUCAAGCGCCUGCUGGGCGGCCUGCGCAGCCAGCUUCCCGUGCUGUCGGACAGCGAGAAGGACAUGAGGAAGGAGCUGCAGGGGGUGGAGGAGCAGCUGAAGCACCUGGACAACGGCAUCCGGCAGGUGGCCAUGAAGAGGGAGUACCAGAAGAAGCAGGUGGACAAGGCGGAGGGAGGGGGGCCGGCGUUGCCGUCCCGGGGCGGGGUCUCGCUCAACGCCCACCAGAAGAAGUGCGUGCAGGGGGUGCUGCGGGAGCACGGGGAGCAGAUCUCCACCAUGAUGAAGCAGAUCAAGGACAUCAAGAACACCUUCAGCUUCUGAGGCGGGUUCGGGCUUUUGUGAAUGGCUGGAGCGGCCUGUCGAUGGGUCGAUGGGUCGAGGAGGCUACAUUACUUCUCAGGAGGUGUAAAGUGUAGAAGAGUGUAGUGUCAAGAGAAGAAAUGUGUUGGUCAAGCAGUUCACACAGGGGGCUUCUGCAUGGCAGAUAUUUACGCUGUUUGAUUUGUGAUGUGUGCUGGUGUGUCUGGGUAAACAGCGAUGUUCUUUGAUGAUAACAAAACUUGUUUGAAUUAUUUGUAAUAAAAAAAGAAACCUGACUUUUGUGAGCCAAAAUACUAUCAUUUCUUGGUUAAAAGGACACUCAUAUUUCGAACGCUUGUAACUUGCGAUACUUUUAUACUGUUUUGAAUCCAGAAAUAAACUUUAUAAUUAUCUUUAAUUA